CCUUAUCUCCACCAACGAAUCCACCACGCAUAGAAAAGGGAUUCAAUAUCUCAACUUUAUGAAUAGUCGACUACCCAGCUCAGUAUCAUAAUUUUAAAUUCAACAACAAACCAUGGCAGAAAUCGUGAUCGCACCCGUAAAAAGCAUCCUCAGCAUCAACGACCUCCAACUAGCCGCAGCAAAGAAACUCCCAACCAAUGCUCGCGAAUUCUACGACUCCGGCUCCACAGACCAAAUCACAGUCCUGGAAAACACCACCGCAUACCGUAAAUACAAACUCCGCCCGCGGGUCCUCCGCGACGUAUCAAAGGUAGACCCGUCACGCCACAUCCUAGGCCAAAAGAUCGAUUUCCCAUUAUGUAUAUCGCCAGCCAGGAUCCAAGCCAUGGCGCACCCGGACGGCGAACUCGCGACCAGCCGCGCGUGCGCGCGGCGAAACGUGCACAUGGGCGUGUCGUCGUUCUCCAACUACUCCGUCGAAGAGGUCACGGGGGCGGCGAGGUCCAUCGCGCCGAUUGUGCACGUGAUGCAAUUGUACACGAUGAAUGAUCGUGCGAAGGAGGAGAGGAUUGUGCGGCGGGCGGAGCGGGCGGGGUGCAAGGCGGUGUUUCUGACGGCGGAUAGUCCCGUGCUCGGGGUGAGGUAUAAUGAGCAUAGGAAUGAUUUUAGGACGCCGCGUGGGUUGAGUUUCCCGAUGCUGGAGAAGACGUCGGAGAUGAUAAGAGAGGAGACGCAUGAUGAUGGGUUUGUGGCGUUGAAUUCGGAUGCGCAUUCGUGGGCGAGGGAGAUUCCGUGGUUGAGGAGUAUCACGAAGAUGGAGAUUUGGAUUAAGGGGGUCUUGACGGCGGAGGAUGUGGCGCUGGCGAGGGAGUAUGGCUGCGAUGGCGUUAUUGUGAGCAACCACGGUGGCAGACAACUGGAUGGUACUCCCGCGACGAUCGAUGUGCUUCCUGAGUGCGUCAAGGCUGCUGAGGGUCAGAUCAAAGUCCAUAUUGAUGGGGGGAUUCGGUCGGGUGUGGAUAUCUUCAAGGCCCUCGCCCUAGGUGCGGAGUGCUGCUGGGUAGGUAGACCUGCUAUAUGGGGAUUGGCGGUCGAUGGUGAGGCCGGCGUGAGCAAGAUGCUCGAUAUUUUAUACGACGAGUUUCGCCGCUGUAUGCAAUUGACAGGCUGUAAUACCAUUGCAGAUAUUCGGAAAUCAUGUCUAGGCAUAGCACAGCCAAACGGUCCGUUGGCUCGACUGUAAAGAAGGUGCAAACGCAGGGUUAAGUUAUCAAGCGCAGUGUGCAGCUUAGCACAGUCAUGAUUCUCAGCCUUGAUUUCAGAACUCAUCUCUAAUUCCCCACCCAGUCCCAUUGCAGUGAUUUUGUGAUCAUUGGAAUGCCAUGUACGUUACACUGGGUUAUGUUGAACUAUCCCUCAUUUCGUUCAAACUGAAAUAC